AUGCCACCCGUAGCAUGUCGUUCACAGGAUAAAGAAGAACAUAAGAAGCAAAUCUUAGACAACUGGUCUUUAGACGAUCUCCUGAGUCUUCAAAUUGACCUCGCUCAAGAGAUCAGCAGACGGGUAGAAUCCAUCCAGGAGCUUCAGACAGAGCCUCGGACUCUGAAUGUUAAAGUUGAAGCAGGAUCUAAAAAUGAGCUGCAGCUAAAAACGGAGAGUUUAGGAGCCAAGCUGGAGGAGCAGUUGCAAGAGCAAAUACAGGACAGUGCCAGAGAAGAUCUGCCUGCCACUCAGAUUGAAAAAAAGCAGAAAACAGAGCGAGACGUCCACAGGUCGCCAGGAUCUAGCCAAUUGGUACCCUUCGAGGAAUUUUUGAUCCCUGGAACUUUGGAUCUGCAGAGUAAAGAGGUGGAUUUGAGCUCCCCUCUUAGACCUCGUUGUUCUCGAGACGCGAGAUCUCAGAAAUCUAGCCCCAUCAAAACUCGACUCGCGGUGAUCAGCGAUUCCGAAGGAGACAUAGACUGGUCUGAUACUGCAGAGCAAGAAGUAGUUGAUGAGGGCUUCGUUGAGUCGAAAAAUGCAAUGCACGAAGAGCCACCUGGUGGACGAAAUUUGUAUUCGACAAAUCCACCAGCAGCCGACCCACCUUUUGCUGCGAGACUUAAUUUUAAUGGGAAUCCUCUUACCAAAAAACCUUGGAUCUUUGAGGAUUUCAAAGUUAACGAAUUGGCCGGACCCUCGCGGGAGAGCAGGCCAUCGGCAGCUUCCAAGUUUAGUUCGACGGUAGGAAAACCUCUACAGAAGCAGAAGCUGAUCUUACAUCCAGAAAGGGGGUUUGAAGUUGUUGUGGAGGACUGUAGCACUAGUAAUGAGGGACCCACCUUGUUGACGAAUGUGGAGUUUGCAAAUAUGCGACAAAGAUCAAAGUCCCCACCAGGAUUUGGUCGCCUCGACUUUCCUAACACUCAAGAAAAUAUGGCAGACGUGAUAGAAUCCCGCGAAAUUCUUUAUAACAAGACCAAGGACAGAUUUCUUACCGCGACCCGAUCGGAUCUGUCCCCCAGCAAGCGGCCCUACGUAUUCAGAAAUGUCAGGCUUAACGCUGUCGUAAACGAAGGAAAUUUUGAAUGGGACCCAAAGUCGCUGCAGAUAUUCUCCCGCGCAAAAGUGCGAAAUCAAAAUUAG